CCCCAGCCAUGGCCCUGCGCGAGUUGGCGCUGUUCCGCUGGCUGCUGGAGAGCCGUCACUCCCGGAAACUAAUCCUGUUCAUCGUGUUCCUUGCGCUGCUGCUGGACAACAUGCUGCUCACCGUCGUGGUCCCCAUUAUCCCAAGUUACUUGUACAGCAUUGAGCAUGAGAAAAAUGCCACAGAAAUCCCGACUGCCAAGCCAGCGCUCACAGUCUCCACCUCAGGCAGCUUCCAGAGCAUCUUCUCCUAUUAUGAUAACUCCACCAUGGUCACCGGGAAUGACACCAGAGACCUUCACGGGGGGCUGCUGCCGAAGGCCACCACACAGCAUAUGGUGACGAACACGUCCAGUGUCACUCCCAACUGUCCCAGUGAAGACAGAGACCUCCUGAAUGAAAACGUGCAGGUUGGCCUGUUGUUUGCCUCCAAAGCCACUGUCCAGCUUCUCACCAACCCCUUCAUAGGAUUGUUGACCAACAGAAUCGGCUAUCCAAUUCCAAUGUUUGCGGGAUUCUGCAUCAUGUUUGUCUCAACGAUUAUGUUCGCCUUUUCCAGCACUUAUGCCUUCCUGCUGAUCGCCAGGUCGCUGCAGGGCAUCGGGUCUUCCUGCUCCUCUGUAGCUGGAAUGGGCAUGCUUGCCAGUGUGUACACAGAUGAUGAAGAGAGAGGCAACGCCCUGGGGAUUGCCCUGGGAGGCCUGGCCAUGGGGGUCUUAGUGGGUCCCCCCUUUGGGAGUGUGUUCUACGAAUUUGUGGGGAAGACGGCUCCAUUCCUGGUGCUGGCCGCCCUGGUGCUCUUGGAUGGAGCUAUUCAACUCAUUGUGCUCCAGCCGUCCCGGGUGCAGCCAGAGAGCCAGAAAGGGACGCCACUCACCACCCUGCUGAAGGAUCCCUACAUCCUCAUUGCCGCAGGGUCCAUCUGCUUUGCAAACAUGGGGAUUGCCAUGCUGGAGCCGGCCCUGCCCAUCUGGAUGAUGGAGACCAUGUGUUCCCGCAAAUGGCAGCUGGGCAUUGCUUUCUUGCCAGCCAGUAUCUCUUAUCUCAUUGGAACCAAUAUUUUUGGGAUCCUCGCACACAAAAUGGGGAGGUGGCUCUGUGCUCUUCUAGGAAUGAUAAUUGUUGGAAUCAGCAUUUUAUGUAUUCCUUUUGCAAAAAACAUUUAUGGACUCAUCGCUCCCAACUUCGGAGUUGGUUUUGCAAUUGGCAUGGUGGAUUCGUCAAUGAUGCCCGUCAUGGGCCACCUUGUCGACCUGCGGCACGUGUCCGUCUACGGGAGUGUGUACGCCAUCGCAGACGUGGCAUUUUGCAUGGGAUAUGCUUUAGGUCCUUCCGCUGGUGGGGCUAUCGCAAAGGCAAUUGGAUUUCCGUGGCUCAUGACAAUUAUUGGAAUAAUUGAUAUUCUUUUUGCUCCUCUCUGCUUUUUCCUUCGAAGUCCACCUGCCAAGGAAGAAAAAAUGGCUAUUCUCAUGGAUCACAACUGCCCUAUUAAAACAAAAAUGUACACUCAGAAUAAUGUCCAGUCAUAUCCGCUAGGUGAUGAAGAAUCUGAAAGUGACUGAGACCCUCAAAAGUCAUCCAAGCAUUUAAUUGUAUAAAAGUGUUUCCAGUGAAAUGACUCAUCCAGAACUGUCUUAGUCAUACCGUUCAUCCCUGAUGAAAGAGUAAAUCCACCAAAGGUUAUUAUUUCUUUUCCAUGGUUAAUGAUAGAUUGCCAACAGCCUUAUAAAGAAAAAGCAGCUUUUCUAGGGGUUUGUAUAAAGUGUUGAAAACUUUAUUUUAUGUAUUUGAUUUUAUUAAAUAUACAAUAUAUUUUGACGAAACAGAUAUAGUGUAAAUCUAUAAAUAUUUGAAUCCAAAUCAAAUAAUUUUUUAACUUACAUUCACGAACACUUGGGCAAAAAAAUCUUAUAUUUUUUCUGAAUAUUGGUAAUAUGAGUGUUAACGAGAGCACACAUUAUCUCCGAGACACUUCCAACAAUACGUUAACUAGAAGGAAGUCUGAAAAACAGAAUCAAGUAAGACAGCAUGUGUUAUGUCGUGACACUGAGUGUUGAGUUAUUCCGCUUGUAAUUAUUAUUAGUAUAUUUGAGUUAAAAGCUGUCUCAAAUGCAGAGGACAAGAACUUGAGUCAGUUACCGUUUGGAUUCAUCCGUAACUCUGAGCUGGCAUUCAUUAUCUGUAUGUAAUCACCUAUCUGGAAACAGAUGGUUGUAAAUUAUUCACAUGUCAUGUGGUUGGCAGCAAACAUUAAAGCCAAUAAGGGGAAAAUAGUAGUAUGUUCUGAAAGCCAAGAGUAACACCCAGGUGUAUAGCUAUGAACAGUAGAAAUUUUCCCUUUAAGAUGUAUACUUGUCUUACUGGAUGAAAGAAAAUUGAGGGUAGAGGUACCUUAAACUAUCAAGGUUGUUUAAGUAUGGGUAGGAUGUAUCAAAAUCUAAUUCAAGUUUUAGAAUUUAGAAGGUUAAUAACUGCGAUAACAUGAAAAAAAAUCAGCCUAUAAUAUCUUUGACCUAUUUGUAGGUCAUCCACGUGUUUUCUAGGGAUUAAUUUUGAGUUGUCUGAAACUAUUAUUUUCUAGACUUCUGAAAGUUGUUCACAUCAAUGUGAAAAUAAAUUUUAAAUGAAGAUGAAGAAUGAAAUUGCUUUGAAUCGUGUUAGGAAAACAGGUGAAAACAAUAGGGUAGUCAGGACACGCCCCCUUUCACAGGCAGAAAAACCCAAACAUCUAAAAACGUGUUUCACUGUAUCAUUUCGUGCUGUGUAAUAGUUUUUCUAAGCAUGAUGUUGAUGUGCCUUUUCAAUGUAACAACAGCAAAUAGUGUGUUAGUGAACAUUGUCAGUUUACAUCAGGUUUUGUGUGAGAUACGACUGUGAAGAUAGCCAGAAAUGUCUCAAAAUAAUAUUUGUUAAUUCUGUAGUUCUGUAAUUGUACACAAAAAAAUGAUCUAAUGUCAGUUCUUUAAGCUAAAAUUGUGUUUCUGUUAACUUGGACAACAAAAAAGCAAAUUUCAAAAAAGCAAAGAACUUCAGAAUGAGAAUUCUUCAACCAUUUAUUUAAAUUCUCUAGGAAAGUUAGCUAAUACUUCAUUUCCAUUUGCUUUAUGAAGGCUUUCUGUGGGGCUUUGAAUGACUUGAAGUCUGGUUGUCAAGUGAGUGUUGGAAUAAGCUUCCUACUCACGUAUUUGCAUUCGGCAACUUACCCAAGUCUGCUGCUAGCGUGGAAGAGGGUCCUGGAGGCGCUCUGCUAGGGCUGGAAGGCAGGUGGUUCUCUACGUCCACAAGGGAGGGCUUAGAAAAGAAUGUGCUACAAAUCUACUCUCAGAGCGUCUGUGGUUCUUCCUGCCCCCAAUACCAUACAAUUUAUCCCCAUUUUAUUUUUGCCUUGAAGGCUUCUGUCAAGAAUGACUGGCAAAGAGGCAUGCCUGCUACUGAUUCCUAGAGAAAACAAAAGAUACGUUGAGUGUUUCAGACUGCUUUGGGAGCAAAAGAUAUCAGUUGUAUCUGAACGGAAAAAAAAAUUGUAAGGUCUUCUAUAUGACUAAAUAUUCUGGGGUUAGCAAGACUGAAAAGAGAGUUAUUAUUUUUAAUGUAUGUCAGAACAAAGAAUAUAUAUCUCUGAACAUUUCUCUUUUGAGCAGAGGUGGUUUUGAUGUUUAUACCUGGCAUACAGAUACAGAAACCUUAAUGAGGUAGCAAUGACUACUCACUUCCUCCUUUUGACUGCUAAGUGGAUCUGUGUAAAUUGUUUUAGCUAGUUUACUUAAUAAAUCUUCUGAACAUUA